CGGUCACCUGAUCAACACAGUACAAACCCGGAAGUCAAAAGAACACCGCCUACUAACAAAAAGAAGUUACCGGAAAGUUGUUGUCAAAGUGUCUUGUGUUUUCAACAAAACAAUCAUAUUAUUGUUUACAAAAUGUCACAUCAGACAGGAAUAACUGCUUCCCAAGAACUGAAGAAUUUCUUUGCUUCGUCAAAGGCAGAUGAAAAUGUUAGGGCAAUUAAAGUUAAAAUUGAUUCUGAAAAGGAGUCAAUGGAGGUGGCAGAGAGCUUCAAUGUCCGGGGCACAUGGGAGGAUGAUUAUGAUAAUGCAGUACUACCAAUGCUCAAAGAUAAGGAAUCCUGUUACAUUAUAUUUCGACUUGAUACCAAGAAUGAUUUAGGUUUUGAGUGGAUCUUCAUACUCUAUGUCCCAGAUUUUUGCCAGGUUCGUGAUAAAAUGUUGUACGCAAGCACCAAGUCUUCUCUCAAGACGGAAUUUGGUUCUGCGCAAAUAAAGCAAGAGCUGUACGGCACAUCUCCAGAUGAUGUGUCGUUAAGUGGAUACCACAAACAUUUAGAAGCAGAAGAAGCACCGGCACCGCUAACUGCAGCUGAGGAAGACCGCAAAUUCAUGAGGGAAAACGAGAGUUUCCAAACCAUCGGUGUUGACACGAAGCAUCAGACGAUGCAAGGUGUUAAUUUUCCAUUAUCAAAUGAUGCCACAAAGCAGCUGAAACGAUUAAGCAAAGAAGAAACUUCAUAUAUACAGCUUUCAUUAGAUGUUGAAAAUGAAGAAAUUCACUUAGGUGAAUAUGCUGAUGAUUUGUCUGCAAAUGAAAUAGCAUCACAUGUCCCACCAGCAUCACCACGGUAUCACUUAUUUCUAUUUAAGCACACUCACGAAGGCGACUUUAUGAAAUCAGUUGUUUUCAUAUACUCCAUGCCUGGUUACAAAUGUUCCGUCAAAGAGAGAAUGUUAUACUCAACGUGUAAAGCACCUUUUCUGAGUCGGAUUGCGGGCGAGUUUAAUAUAGAAGUCGCGAAAAGCAUUGAAGUUGAUGAUGCAUCAGAACUUACAGAGGAUUUCAUCUAUCAGGAGGUACACCCUGUACGGAACCUUCAUCGACCUACUUUUGCCAAACCAAAGGGUCCUGCAGGAAAGAGGGGGGUACGACGACUGAUCAAGGAAUAACAGCUACAUCUACUCUAAUUUGCAAUUACAAUUGCAGAAGCCUAUUAUUUUACUAGAUUUAAACAGUGGAGUAUCAAUUUAAUGUAAAUGUUUUUUUAAAAAAGCAAUGUUGACUGGUUUGAAACAAGUAUUUUCCAUAAAAGAGUUCUAUUUUCGAAAUUUAAUAUCACUAAAACAAAACAUUAAUGUGAUUAAAUUUAUGAUAAUUUACUAUUAUAUAUACCGGUAAGUCAGUUGAAUUGUUCAUUUAUAAAACCCACACAUUUUUUUCAAAUAUAUUGUGUUAAAAUUAUCAAAAAUUAUGUUUAGAUAUAUUAUUAUCUGUGAAUUGUUAAAAUAUAUUUGUUCAAAUUUACCAAAGCACUAUUUAAUUUGAUUAUAAACAAUUUAUUGGCAGAUAUAGUGGUUUCUUUUAAUUACAUUCAUUAGAAGUGGGUGUUUAAGAUGUACGUAGAACAUAGUUACUAUUAAUUUACAGUUCAAUUUUCACCUGCACUUUGCAUUUGGAAUGGAAACACCUAUAAAAUAUGUAUAUAAAAGAUAAGAGAAAAAUAUUUUUUCCUUAAUCAGGAUGUCUUGAACAAAAAAAUGUGCCUCAUGUAGUGGUAUCUACAAACCAAGGUCAUCUGGUCAGGGUCUCCUAGUAAAACCUCAGUGGGGAUAAUUUUGGAGAGAUUUUUAUGGUUUAGGAUGGUUAAAUACAGUAUUGUGCUUUUAGACCACAAUAUUAGGAACUGCAAUUACAAUAAAUUUAAUGGAUAGUAAAUUAAUUUUUCAUCUUUUAAUCUGAUAUUGCCUUUUGACCCCUUGCUGGUUCCACCAAUGGCCAA